AUGGGUAACCAGCUGUCGAAGAUGAUGGGGAAGAUAUUCGGCUCGAAGGAAAUGCGGCUUCUUAUGCUUGGUCUGGAUGCCGCGGGAAAGACCACAAUAUUGUACAAGCUCAAACUCAACCAGGACGUGACCACGAUACCGACGGUCGGCUUCAACGUCGAGACAGUCACAUACAAGAACGUCAAGUUCAAUGUCUGGGACGUGGGCGGGCAAGACAAGAUCAGGCCUCUCUGGCGACAUUACUUCUCCGGCACGCAAGGUUUGAUCUUUGUCAUCGAUAGCAACGACCGUGCUCGAAUCGACGAGGCCAGGCAAGAGCUGCACAGAAUCAUCCUCGACCGGGAAAUGAAGGAGGCUCUGCUCCUGGUCUUUGCCAAUAAGCAGGACAUCCCAGGAAGCAUGAAUCCGACCGAGGUCACCGAGAAGCUGCGAUUGGCGCAGCUCAAGGAUCGGACCUGGUAUGUUGUGCCCAGUUGUGCGACUACUGGCGAGGGAUUGAUGGAGGGUUUGAGUUGGUUGAGCACCAACGUCAAGACCCAGCCAAAACAUGCUCCGGCCAAAUAG